UGAACCAGCCGGUUGGGUCCUGAACGCCAAGGCGACGGGCCUAACCGAUUGACUCAAACGCAAGUUCGCUUAAACCAACAACAUUCACCCAGUAACGAGUGGGCGAUAGCUAAAAAGGCGAGUUGAUGCAGGGCAUGCAUGCGAUGUUACAUUCAACUAACUGGUUGACUGGCUAGCUAGCUUGUUACAACGCAACAUCCAGGUACAAGCCCUCAGCCAGGGGCUGGCUCCUAGGUACACUGCCUCCUUUUUCACCAACAUUAGUUAGUUACAAGAUAUCUCCUAUUCGUCGAUUGCAGCGCAACGACAGGGGCACACGCGCCUUGCCCAUGACAAUCUGUUGGCAGUCCAUUAACUAACAACUGCACAAAAUCCCCCUAUUAUCCAUUUCUAGCCACUCCCUGCCACAAACCAACAUUUAAAAGCUAUCUUCUAUUCGUCCACUCUCACAUAGCAACAGGAGUGGCCCCCAGCUACGGAAGAAGCGGCGUCACCGAAAGGUUUAACCACCUGCCACUAAUAUAAGAACCCAUGUCGGUGCAGAGUAUUUUCUCUCUCUCUCCUAGUUCUCUCUUCUUAAUUGUCCUUUAGGUCAUCUCACUACCAUCAUUAGCUGUCAAACGAAAAUGGCUGAUUUCUACCGUGGAUUCCAUUUUGUCGGCUGGCUGCUUCUGUUAGCCUGCAGUUGGGCCGUGGACACACCAACCCCUACAUCUCCGCAGACCGUGGAAGUGGACCUGAUCUUUCCGCGCAAUGAGACCUACGCCCCUUCCUCCCUUAUGCCAAUGGUCUUUGCUAUUCAGAAUUUUCGCGCUGCAAAGCUGCUCUUACUGGAAUUUGAAUACACUCUCCAACAAGACCCCGAAGUCCCACCAGGCCUCGUAAAUGGCAUCCGCGAUAUCAAGUAUGCCAACUACACUGGCAGCAGUACUCACUUCGAAUAUGACUGGACUACUAGGCUUAACAAUACGGAGGGCACAUGGCUGUUUUCCUGGUCAUGGCGUGCACUUAACUGCUCCCAACACACGGACGCGGACCCAGAAUACCCGGGCCCGCAAAAACCUUUGCACCUCGGGAGCAGUGUCAAGGGCCAUGCGGUUUGGUUUACUACCAAGCACGGAGCUAAACAGCCAGAUCUCGUUGCUGCAACACGAGAUGGCGCGUGCGCUGAGUCACAGGCCGAUACCAUGAAUAUCACGGAGAUACUGGAUGUCCCCUGGUCGGACAGCUAUUGGGGCACUCAGACAGCGUGCCCAUUGCUUUCGACCGUAACGCCAACUCCAAAUCCCUGUGGAGCCAAGGUAGACUCUAGUGCGGCAUCAAGUAUUUCAUACGCCAUUCAAUCCAGUGCAUGUCUAUCAGCCGUGACUCCCACUGUGGCCUGCCCGCCUGGCGUUGAAACGGGGAACUUGGCACACCGUGCGGUGCAGUUUUCAGGGACAGGAUUGUUGGCAGCAACUCUUGGUUGGCUCAUCUAUUUGGCGUGAUUUCCGAUAUAUUGUAUUUAUUAUCAUUAACUACGGCGUAUUUCUCGAUCAGGUUAGUUAGUUUCCCUUGUUCAAAAUAAAUAACUCAGGGCCUGCAGAAUUAACAGGGGUUCGGUGUCACCAGUUAAUAGCCCGCUGCUUCGCGCACAUGAUGGAGCAAUAUGGGCUUCGUGCACGGGUAACUCGGCAGGCACGGAGUACACCAUACAAGAUACCCUUGAAAAUACCCCCCUUUCCAAUAGGCUGUUAGGCUCUGGGGUCUCCUACAAUGCACAGAGCUAUAAAGGGUUAGCUGAAUUAAACUUCAGAAGCAUGAGCUUCGCCAAAAAUAUGCAGGGGGGUUAAAAACCCGGAGUAAAUUCGGCUCUCGAAGCUGAUAGGCCCCAGCAUAUCAAUGUCUCAGUGUCAAUAAAGCAGUAUUGUAACCUCUGACUUAAAUUACCAGGCGUCAACAAAUGGGCUGAGCAGAGCUCUUGCCCCGUCUAUACCCAGAUGUAGGUGCAAAGUAGAUGCAUGGACUGUGCCCCGGUCCAAACCCCCGGGUCAUUGGAUAUUCU